CAUUUGAUGAUAAUUUUAAGAAAAUGAGUUCAAUCGAUCAAGAGAAAAAUGAUUUCAAACUUAAAUCUGGUACCAUAGACCAAAUGUUUGCACCAGAAUGUUUCAAUAUUAUUUUUAGGUACCUUCCUUCAAACAAAGAUUUAUAUUCAUGCAUUUUAGUCAAUAGAUAUUGGGCUAAUUGUGCCAUACCAAUUUUAUGGGAAUCUCCUUUUAAAACUAAUAAUAAAUCUAAACAAUUUCCUAAAGUGAUUCAAAUUUAUCUCACAUUCAUACCAAUUGAAAAAAAAUUUCAUAAUGAUUCUUUAAUUAACAAACCACUUUAUGAUUAUCCAUCAUUUCUCAAAGAACUCCACUUUGAUCGAUUUUUUAAUUCAGCUAUAGCAAACAAUUGUUCUGAAACACUAAUACAUGGAUUAUUUAAAAUGCUUUCAACGUAUCCGGUAAAAUUACGCCAAUUGGACCUUAGUCGCCUGUAUCUUAGUUUUCAUAAUCCGAUGAUUUAUGAAGUUCUUCAAAAUCUCGAAUACUCUUCAACGUUUAGUUAUGUGAUUCUUCUUAAAAAUCUCGAACACUCUUCAAUGUUUAGUAGAUUGUCACACUUAAAUUGCGCAUAUCAUUGGUAUGUCGAGAAAACUCAAAUCUUUAAUGCAUUAGCAAACAUCUGUCAUAAUAUUAGAAAUCUUAAAGCUACAGUAUGGUCUGAGAAUGAAGGAGCUGCACUCGCAAAUCUUAUACGCUCUCAAAGAUGCUUAAAAAAGUUUUCUAUAAUAAAUAGUAAUCAUUUUGUUUCACUUCCUGUUCAAUCACUUAAAAGUCAAAUAGAAUCGCUUGAUAGCUUAACAUUCAAAAACAUGAAUCAAAACAUUAAUUUACGAAAUAGUAAAUUAGUAUCUACUACACUACAGUUAAACAAUGAAGAUAUUUUUUCACUUAUUCAAAGCACAAAAAUUAUUGAACUAAAGUUUAAAAACUGUGAAGGGCUUAACUUACUUCCCACUAUUUCCAAUUUCACAAAUUUGACGUCUUUAGAGUACACUUAUGGAAGUUAUGAUAUUCAUGAUAAUCAAACACCUAUUGAAAUAUUAUCUAAUCUUGUCAAGAUGAAUGGUAAAACUCUUGAAAAUAUUAUUUUUGACUGGCAUUAUCAUGGUUUCCUUGAGUGCACUCAACUUAUCAAAAAUGUUGCCGAAAGCACAAUUAAUCUUAAAUAUUUAAAAACACCACUUUAUACAUUAGAACAACUUGCUUUAAUUCUUCAAACUCAAAAUCAGUUAAAAAAACUUGAAAUACGUCCAACUAUAUUUUGA